AGGAAACUAAAUAAAGCAAAAUAAUAAUGAAGUCCUGAACCCAUAACAUGUAAAUACAUACCAAAUGAUAAUGAAACUAUAAUAACAUGAGAAAGCUAAAAUGAUACAAUUUGAUCCUAUAUCUCCAAUGUAAAUUUAACACCUAAAUUCUUAAUUGUGGCCCUCCAUUACUCUCCCCUGGUUUAAAAUAAUUGAAUUUGAAGAGUUUGAUAAUUCCAGUUAAGAAGUUCAUAAUGAAAGUGCACAAAGUUACUUAGAAAUCAAAGAGCAUUUGAAGAUGGGUGGCCUUGUCGUUCUACAGGAUAGAAUCAGGUACCACUGUCUAAAGAACCAAUAGUUUUGUCAUCAAAUACUACAAUCUUUUUAGAACUAUGUGGAAAUUGUGGCACCUUGGGAACUGAAGUGCCAAUAAAAUCCCCUUAUGCAAAUGGAGGCUCCCCUUCAAAAACUAUCAUAACACAGCCUGGGAAUUCCACUGCUGCAAUCGAGGUAUUGAAAUGAAAAGUUCAAAAUCUUUUACCAUUAUUGUGUAGGUUGAACAAGGUAGCCCACAUGUUCUUCUACAAGAGGAGUCCUCCAUAUUUUCAAGCUUUGCGAAAGCUUCUACAAUAUGAUUGCAUGGCAGCUAUAUUCUGGACACGAGGAAGUCUUAAAUGAACUUCAUCUUCAUCUCCAUCUCCAGAAUAUCUUAACUGAGAUAAGUACUUCAUCAAUAGCUUCUUGUAUUCUUUCUUUGUACCUGUAAGUGCUAGGCCUGAUGAAUUCUGAACUCAGAUGAUAGAAAUAUUGCUUGAGAAACUUCUAAUCCUCUUGAUUCUUCUAGAUGGCUGUUGCACAAUAGUUGGAUUGAUGUUUUGAUCACAUGAUUGAUAGGUCCGUUACCUUUUUAUUACAAACACUGAGAAUAAACUCUGAAAUGUCUCGGGCUUUUGAUUAGUGUUUUCAGUCUCCGAGAAAAAUAAUCCUUCUGUCGGAAAUUUAGAGGUCUUCAUGAGGUAUGGGGAUGUAGUUCUUUUGUUUAACCCUAAUAGCCCCACCAUUGUCGGGGGAAAAAAAAAAAUCCAGCAUUUUUCUUUCUGUAGUAGCUCAAGCCAAAAAUUGUUUGCUUAAAAAUGAAGGCACUUGCAGUCUUUUUUAAGUGUUAGAAACUGGAAGUUAAAAUUUUUAACUCCAAAAAUAGAUUUUUUUGUUGUUG